GCUUUCAGAUAUCACACUUUAAGAAAUCAAGAGAAACACCACUUUCCACUCAGAGCAAAAAAUAACCCAGUUGCAGCCAUAAGGGGCGCACAUAAAUAUUUGGUUCCCUGUUUUAUGACAACCAGGAUUAGUCAUAAAAAUGGCUUUGUGCUAAAUGGACCCGCAAAACCAGAAAUUCCUAAUACCUAUUCGGUACACAUAGAAUGCAUCAUUAUUAAUAAAAACCAGUCUACGGAGAUAGAAGAAUUUUUUGAUUAUGAUGGAAACCGCGGUACUGUACAUCAACGACAGAGUGGUAUAGACUUCUAUGCUUAUUACGAUUAUGAUUCAACUGAAUUUAUUGGUGUAUUUCCUGCAACUAACGACUGCACGGUCACUGAUUUGAGUAAGAGCGGUGAACGGUUUUUGUUUGGUUAUAACCAGGGUGCUGCAGGUGGACAUAUAUUUACAUCUGCUGGAGCGUUACAUUUUGGUGCGAAUGCACAAGAAAGGUAUAUUGGUACUGAUGUAAUACGAGGGAUCAACGUUAGAGCGUGGUAUUCCUGUGAACAUUGGGAUAAUAUGGAUGCGACCAUGGAUGUUUAUUGGUAUUUUUCAAAUCCUGACAGUUGGGAUAUGGCUGUAGGUUUACCCGAGAUUCCAAUACGUGCCUAUGUUAAAGGCAUUGCUUAUAGUCAAGAUGAUAUAAAUGGGUCACACGUGUUUGAACAUAUUUAUGAUUUUAUUCACUUCAAAAAUUACAUAUCUGAUAAUACUAUUUUUGAGACACCUAGUAUGGUUGUUUGUCCUGGUAGAAAAAACACUUUAGAUUUCCCAGACUUACCCAACAGCUUCUCUUUUACUAUAGAAAUGAUUGAUUCUGUGCGACAAUCUGUUACAUUUAUGACCGAAUCCUACGAUUUUAAGAGUAAUGUAACAAAAUUUGAGUAUAAACCUACAGAAUUAACAGAUUCUAAAUAUGGCUUUAAUCCUCUCACAGAAAUACAUGAUUUUAAUACUGGUGUCGCUUAUAUCAUUGAUAAUAUGAUAGGAAAUUGUUCUAUGGUACCCAUUGAGCAGGGAGAUUUUGAUGAUACAACAGUUAAUGCCCAUACUGUAAGAAUGAGAACAGCUAAGGAAUUCUUCUCAACAGAUAAUACGGUUGUGACCUAUGAGGGAAGAAAAACAGCUAGAAAUCUGGAAUGUGACACUUGGAUUGGGGAACGCUCGUCCAGUCCAUCAGGAAUCAAGUCAAAUACUACAUGGGAAUGGUACUUUCAAACGGAUGCAUGGUCAUCAGUGGAACAAACAGAUGAAACUACUAAUCCAGGUGGUACACCAAUACAGAUGAGGUUGAAAGUUCCAGAUCUUGGAAUGGAAUAUUCAUACAACAUAUAUGGCUUUUCUAAAGCGACACAGGAUCUCAAGACCUAUGAUAUAAGUGCUUGUUAUAUAAAUGGUAAAAGAAGACGUUUUGAUUUCCAAGUAUCAUCCAGCUUUAAAACUAAUGUAGAUCAGAAUAGACAGAUUUUUAUAUACAGUACAUUGAUGUCUUUAUCUGGCUUUAUGGACGUGUCUCCACUCAGGGUUGCUAAUUUACAGCUAAGUUUUCAAGAUGAUAUACAUCUGCGGUUUGAUCUGUUAGAUGUGGCUCCAUCGUUUGGUGAUGUAGCGAAUUUAAAGCAAGAGACCACAUUAAAUGCAGCAGCUGAUAUAUUAACUAAAGCAAUCAAUAACAACGAGUUUGUCAUAUUAUUGUUCGCUUAUAAUACGAUAACACCAAUCACAGUAAUGAGUGGAUCUAUAGUAGAGUAUGACUAUGAUACACAUUUCUCUAAUAUCAAAUCCAGUACAGCCAAAUAUUCGGCUGGUUCUAUGGCAGGUUUAGCAGUUGGUAUGAUGAUAACAGGUGGAGCUGUCGGCGCUGGUGUAGCUUUUAAAUUAUUCAAAUAAAUCAAGUCAAAGGAACAUAUAUAUAUCAACUGUAUAUAUCAAUAAGUACAUUAAUUUUAUUAUAUGUAGAUGACCUAAAUAUUAGAAGAAAUAUUUGACAAGUUUGUAAAUAUUAAACUUUUAAAAAUUUAUAUCGGAAGGAAACUUGGGGUGUUAAUAAUUGUAUAUAUUUUCUUUUAUAGAUUUAUUAAUUGAAUAUCACAUCAGUUUCAUUUACAUAUUUUUGUAUCUUGCUUUAGUAACACGAAAUAAAAAGUGGACAUCAAUUAUUUGAAAUUAUUAA